AAAGAACGCUGUGUCCGGGAACUUCGGAAGUACCCCUUCGACCUUUGCGGUCCUGGAUGCUCUCCCGGGAGGGACACUCCGUGGCCGGCCCCCUUGUUUUGUCUACCGAGCUGGGGGUUUGAGGGCGGCCCUCUGGACGCUGAGCCCGGGGGCACAAUGAUCCCUCCAAGGGUCAGCAAGAGUGCUCGGAGGUCAAGAGGCCGGGGAUGGAGGUCAGGGUGGCGUGGAGCAACCGCCGGGGACCGGACGUGACCGGCAGACUCAGGGCUUGACCCACAGGCUCACACAAAAGAGGCCGGAAAGUGUCCGGAGGAAGCGGCGCGUCACGGGGGACGGGGCCGGGACCCUGCCGCGGCCGCCCAGCUGCGUCCCGGGGACACGGCCCGCACACCCAGCCGCACUGCCGCCACCGCCUGCACCGCGGCCGCCGCCAAUGAAACUCCUCCCGCUCCUAGUGGGUUUUUCCACUUUGCUGAAUUGUUCCUACACUCAGAACUGCACCAAGACACCUUGUCUUCCAAAUGCAAAAUGUGAAAUACGAAAUGGAAUUGAAGCCUGUUACUGCAACAUGGGAUUUUCAGGAAAUGGUGUCACAAUUUGUGAAGAUGAUAAUGAGUGUGGAAAUUUGACCCAGUCCUGUGGUGAAAAUGCCAACUGCACUAACACAGAGGGAAGUUACUACUGUAUGUGUGCACCUGGUUUCAGAUCCAGCAGUAACCAGGACAGGUUUAUCACAAAUGAUGGAACCCUCUGCAUAGAUAUAGAUGAGUGCAGUGGAUCAGCUGCCUGUGGUGAUCAUGCGGUAUGUGAAAACGUGGACGGUGGGUAUAAUUGCUCCUGCAAGGAAGGUUAUCAGACAUCCACAGGAAAAUCUCAGUUCAUGCCUAAUGAUGGCACUUACUGCCAAGAAAAUGUGAGUGCAGACUGCCAUCUAGAUAAUGCCUGUAUUGCUGCAAAUAUUGAUAAGAUGUUAACAAAAAUUAGACACAUAAAAGAACCUGUGGCUCUGCUACAAGAAGUCUAUAGAAAUUCUGUGAAAGAUCUUUCGCCAAUGGAUAUAAUUACAUAUAUAGAAAUAUUAGCUGAAUCAUCCCCAUUACUGGGUGACAUGAAUAGCACUAAUUCAACCAAGGACACUCCUUCUAAUUCAACUCUUACUGAAUUUGUAAAGACUGUGAAUAAUUUUGUUCAAAAGGACACGUUUAUCGUUUGGGACAAGUUACCUACGAAUCGUAGAAGAACUCAUCUUACAAAACUGAUGCAUGCUACUGAACAGGCUACCUUAAGGAUAGCUCAGAACUUCCAAAAGACCACUCAGUUUGAUACUAAUUCAAGUGAUAUAGCUCUCAAAGCUUUCUGUUUUGAUUCAAAUCACAUGAAAUAUAUUCAUCCCCAUAUGAAUGUGGAUGGAGAUUAUAUAAAGAUAUUUCCAAAGAGAAAAGCUGCAUAUGAUUCAUAUGGCAAUGUUGCAGUUACAUUUUUAUAUUAUAAGAGUAUUGGUCCCUUGUUUUCAUCAUCUGACAACUUCUUAUUGGAACCUCAAAGUUAUGAUAAUUCUGAAGAGGAAGAAAGAGUUGUUUCUUCAGUGAUUUCAGUCUCUAUUAGCUCGAACCCACCCACACUGUAUGAACUUGAAAAAAUAACAUUUACAUUAAGUCACAUAAAGCUGGAACCCUGUGUUCCCAAGUCUUCGGGGUUUACUCUCUCUAACUUCAUUGAGACCACAGAUAAGUAUAGGAGUCAGUGUGCAUUUUGGAACUACUCACCUGACACCAUGAAUGGCAGCUGGUCUUCAGUGGGUUGUGAGCUGACAUACUCAAAUGAGACCCAUACCUCAUGCCGCUGUAACCACCUGACACAUUUUGCAAUUUUGAUGUCUUCUGGUCCUUCCAUUGGUAUUAAAGAUUAUAAUAUUCUUACAAGGAUCACUCAACUAGGAAUAAUUAUUUCACUGAUUUGCCUUGCCAUAUGCAUUUUUACCUUCUGGUUCUUCAGUGAAAUUCAAAGCACCAGAACGACAAUUCACAAAAAUCUCUGCUGUAACCUAUUCCUUGCUGAACUUGUUUUUCUGGUUGGGAUCAAUACAAAUACUAAUAAGCUCUUCUGUUCAAUCAUUGCUGGGCUGCUGCAUUAUUUCUUUUUAGCUGCCUUUGCAUGGAUGUGCAUUGAAGGCAUACACCUCUAUCUCAUUGUUGUGGGUGUCAUCUACAACAAGGGAUUUUUGCACAAGAAUUUUUAUAUCUUUGGCUAUCUCAGCCCAGCUGUGGUAGUUGGAUUUUCAGCAUCGCUAGGAUAUAGAUAUUAUGGCACCACUAAAGUAUGUUGGCUUAGCACAGAAAACAACUUUAUUUGGAGUUUUAUAGGACCAGCAUGUCUAAUCAUUCUUGUUAAUCUCUUGGCUUUUGGAUUUAUCAUAUACAAAGUUUUUCGUCACACUGCAGGGUUGAAACCAGAAGUUAGUUGCUAUGAGAACAUAAGGUCUUGUGCCAGAGGAGCCCUUGCUCUCCUGUUCCUUCUCGGCACCACCUGGAUCUUCGGGGUUCUCCAUGUCGUGCACGCAUCAGUGGUAACAGCUUACCUCUUCACCGUCAGCAAUGCUUUCCAGGGGAUGUUCAUCUUCUUAUUCCUGUGUGUCUUAUCUAGAAAAAUCCAAGAAGAAUAUUAUAGAUUGUUCAAAAAUGUCCCUUGUUGUUUUGGAUGUUUAAGGUAAAAAUAGAGAACUAUGGAUAAUUUUUGCUCUACAUAAGAAAACCAAGCUGUGGAUGGCCAAUGUAUAAAAAUGACUUGAAUCAAUGAUCUAAUUAUUAAUUACUAGAUAAGUAUUUUAAAUCCAUUUUUCUGUUUACAGUGUAGAAACUGUAGAUAAGAUACCAUAAUUAUGUACCAUAUAGCUAUAGUUUGCUUUCCCACAUGACAUAGUUAGUUAUGUCAAAAUAGUAUUGCAAAUAUUUGAAAAGUAAUUGGUUUCUCAGGAGUGAUAUCACUGCGCCCAAGGAAAGACUUUCUUUCUAACACGAGAAAUAUAUGAAUGUCCUGAAGGAAACCACUGGAUUGAUAUUUUUGUGACUCAUGUUGCCUUUGAAACUAGUCCCCUAUCACCUUAGUAAUGAGCUCUGUUACAGAAAGUGGAAUAUGAGAGAAUGAAGGGGCAGAAUGUAAAGCAGUAAAAAGGAAAUGGUUAUUAUAACAAUGAGAUGUAUUUUGAGUAAACUUGUUUUUUUGUAAACUAAAUGAGAAAUUAUAGCUGAAAUAAUUGAAUAAACACUUCUUACCAUUGCAGGAAUUUUUCUGAACUUAAAUUUACACUAAAACAACUUAGACCUUUUCUAUAUUUAUUUUCUUUCCUAAUAUUCGAAAAAACCCCACAAAACUUUACAAAUGAAAAGGCAGGCAAUUAUGUUCUGGUUUUUGGGUUAACAUCAUAAGGAGGUAUGUGCUGUUUCCAUACUAAUUUCAUAGAUUAUAACUUCAAAUCUUUAAUCAGAAAUACAUAAAUGUGUCAAACCAUAAUAUUUUUCAUGGCUGUAAAUGUAAAAAUAGUGUAUAUAAAAAUUGAAGUAUUCUCUUCUAUAACCUUUCAGUGUAGUGAAUAAUAUUGGAUCUCAUUAGGCUAGUAUAUUUGAGUUCUUUAUUUCUUUUAAUUUUGGAAAUAUUAUAGUUCACAUGACAAUAUUCCCUUUUAACUUACUAUUUUUAAAAGGGCAUUGUAAAUAUGGAAGUAUUCAGAAAGUGAAUUGCCAUUUUUUUCUGUUCAGAAAAGUACACAUUUAAAAAUGUUAUUUAUAACAAAGGAAUCACUGAGAACUGUAGAAAUGUUCACAGUGGAUAUAUUUUCUGACAGUUUUCUACUAUCUAUUAAAGCAUAUCUGCUUAAAUGUAUGGUUUCUAUCUAUCCUCAAAUCUUCUCAUUAAAAUGUGGAAGCAGGGAUUUUAUUUCAAAAAUAUGUAAUUGUCUGCACCUGCCUGUAGAAGUAUGCCAACACACUAAAUGUUGUGAUUUUAAUUUCUCCAGUUUUUAAAAUGAAGUCUGUCAAAACUUGCUCUAACAAAUAAAAUGUUAUCUAAAUGAA